AUGUCCUAAAUCAAUAAAAAAUUAAGUCCUAUCAUAGCUCCUCAAAAUUAGCUACCUAUUGCUACCAAAGUUAAUAUCACUUUCAAAGAUAUUAAAUACACAGUAAAAACAUCAAAAGGUCCUAAAUAGCUCCUUAAAGGAGUCUCGGGAAUAUGCAAGAGUGGAAAAAUAAAUGCAAUAUUAGGUUCUUCUGGAGCUGGAAAAACCACUUUGCUAAAUGUCUUAUGCUAAAGAGCAGUUAAUGCUAAAAAUCAAACACUUGAAGGAGAAAUAUUGGCUAACUCUUAGCCCUAUGAUAGUGAUAAAUUUUCUACAUUCGCAGCAUAUGUAAUGUAAGAUGAUAUACUCCUCGAAACCAUGACAGUAAAAGAGUGCUUUCAAUUUGCAGCUAAUCUAAAGACAAAAGGUACUGCUGAAGAGAAAAACUAAAAAGUUGAUGAAAUGAUUAGGGAGUUGAGACUGGAAAAAUGUCAAAAUACGUUUAUUGGAGGUUUGUUUGUGAAAGGUAUUUCCGGAGGAGAAAAAAAAAGAACUUCUAUAGGUUAUGAAUUGAUAAGCAAUCCCUCAUGUAUCUUCUUAGAUGAGCCCACUUCAGGAUUAGACAGUUUUACUGCUUACAGCAUAAUUCAUUUACUUUCUAAUUAUGCUCAUAACAAUGAUAAAACUGUAACAUUCACUAUUCAUUAACCCUCUACUGAUAUUUGGAAUUUGUUUGACCAUAUAAUACUCAUGGUAGAUGGAUAAUUUAUUUAUUAAGGUGAUGGAAAAUAAAAUAUUAUAAACCAUUUCUCCAGUAUUGGUUUUAGUUGCCCUAUUAAAUCCAACCCUUCAGAUUAUUUGAUGUCAAUAAUGCAUGGUGGAAGUGAAGUUAAUGUUAAAAACUAUGAAAAGUAUUUCUAAGGCUAUAAGAAUAAAUUAGAGCAGUAAGCAAUAAAAGAAAUAAAAAAUACUUCUGUUGAAAUUCUACCACAUAAUAGUGUCUAAAAUAGUAUUCUUUAUUAGAUAAAGGUGUUAGCGGAAAGAUAAUUUAAGAUUAUAAAAAGAAAUCCCAUUCUAUCGAGAGCAAGAUUGGCAUAAGCUAUAAUUACUGCUUUGUUUAUUGGAUUAGUUUUUUUAAGAAUGCCAGGUCCUAACGAUAAUCUAUCUCAAAGAGAUGUUUAAGAUAGAAAUGGUGUUUUGUUUUUAUGCAUAAUUUUAAGUUUUAUGCUGUAGCUUAAUCCAAGUAUAUUGACAUUUCCUUCUUAAAGAAAUGUAUUUUUAAGAGAAGAAAAUUAAAAGCUUUAUACAGUUUUUACUUAUUUUUUGGGUAGAAUUAUCGUAGAUAUCAUUCCUGCAAUAAUAUUUCCAAUAAUAAGUUCUUUGAUUUUAUAUUGGAUGGUUGGCUUCAAUGACGAAGAAGCUCUCAGAGUAUUGACAUUUAUUUUUGUAAUGGUACUUAUGAGUUUAGCAGGUCUUGCAUUUGGUUAUCUUGGUGGCUCAGCAUUUAGUGAUGCUAAAGUAGCAACUUCUUUAGCUCCUCUUGUUUUAAUGCCUUUUAUGCUAUUUGCAGGAUUAUAUAAAAAUGCUUCAGAUUAUGCCUCAUGGAUAGGUUGGAUUUAAUAUAUUUCUCCUAUAAAAUAUGGAUUUAUAGCAGUUGUUAGGAAUGAGUAUAAUUAUGAAGGCUAAGGCUACAUUUAAGAUCCAGUUAAACAGUUAAAUUUUACCAUGUCAACAUAAGACGCUAUCUAUUGCUUAGUUGGAAUAGUAGUUGUAGCUCUCAUAUUGUCUUUCAUAUUUUUAUUAAUUCUUAAAAAAAGGCUUUAAUGA